GCCAGUUCAGUCUGUCAGCCAGUCCAGUCAGUCAGUCCAGUCUGUCGGUGACCCUACUGGGACAAUGAUAACCUUCCUCAUAACAGGUGUCCUCUUGCUCUUCCUUCAAUCCAUCCUGGGGGCUCCUGGAACAGAUGGUCCCUUUGUUCUCUACAAUGCAGGCAGUAAGACAUGCUUGGGUCCAUGUAACUCAGAUACACUGCGCUGGCUGUCAGAGGGACGUCUCUACUACACCAAAGAAGGGAAAUGUCUUGGGAUGUCUGGAAAGACAGAGGGCAGUAGUGUGGUAUAUUUAGACUGUGAUGGGAAGAGUGAUCUCCAGCAAUGGGAGUGUCAUAACAACACCCUGCUCACCCUCAAAGGACAGAGUUUGUACCUCAACAACAACAACAAUAAACUGGUGCUGUCUGAAGACACAGGGUCCCGGAGUCUCUGGGUCAUCUUUGGAACAACAGAAGGCCCCUGUACAAGGACCCACAGAGAACUCUAUACCAUUGACGGUAAUGCAUUUGGACGUCCCUGUCAGUUUCCCUUUCGGUACAAAGACAAAUGGUAUGUGGAUUGUACCACCAUAGACUCCUCUGUCAAACGCCUCUGGUGUGCCAUAGAAACAAACUACCAAGACAAUGAACUGUGGGGCUACUGUCCAACCACAACCACUGAACAUUGGCAUAAGAACCCGGUCACUGGUUCAUUUUACCAGUUGAACCUCCACUCUGCCCUGACCUGGCACCAGGCUCGGACCAGCUGUCAACAGCAGGGAGCAGACCUUGCCUCCAUCACUGAACCCCACCAACAGACUUACAUAUCAGGCCUCUUUGGUAAAGCUCAUGUGUCGGUGUGGACGGGUCUGAACGCUCUGGAAGAGGACGGUCUCUGGCAGUGGAUCAGUGGGAAGCCUUUCCCCUACUUCCGCUGGGACUCUGGUCACCCUCUCCGUGAUCCUGGUCAGGUCUGUGGAAUGGUGGACUCAUCACAGCAGUCCUUCUGGCAGAGCUCCCUGUGUUCCAAGACACGAGGCUACAUCUGUCAGAAAGACCCACCUGCAACCCACACUGUUCACCCAGAAGAGUCUGGGUUUUGCUCCCAUCCGUGGAUUCAUUAUGCUGGUAGGUGCUACCGCAUCGAACACACAAAGAAGACCUGGACUGAAGGUCAGACAGAAUGUCGUAAAGACGGAGGAGACCUGGCCAGCAUCCACAACAUUGAACAGCAGAGCUUUGUGAUGUCCCAGCUGGGAUAUGUGGCCACUGAAGAGUUGUGGAUUGGGCUGAAUGACGUCAAGACACCACUACUGUUUGAGUGGAGCGACCAAUCUGCUGUCACCUUCACCAGCUGGGACUCAACCAUGCCAGCAGGGGGCAACUGUGUCCUGGUCAGGGGAGAGAAGGUCAGAUGGUCUACCCAGGAGUGUGAGAAGCAGUAUGGUUUCAUCUGUAUGAAGAGGUCUUCCUCCCAACCCUCAGGACCCCAGGUGGACACCAACCCAGGCUGCAAACCACAUUGGAUCAGAUAUGGCUCCUACUGCUACUUUGUGGGACAGGAGACCAAGACCUUUGAUGAAGCCAAUGAGAACUGCAGGAGCUUACAGUCAAAUCUGGUGGAUGUUUCUAGCGGGGUGGAUAAUGCAUUCCUGAUUAGCCUGGUUGGCUACAGGCCUGAGAGAUACUUCUGGAUCGGUCUCUCCAACCAAAAACACAUUGACAUCUUCACCUGGACCAAUGGAAACCGGGUCAAGUACACCCACUGGAAUGCACAGAUGCCAGGUAUUUCACAAGGAUGUGUAGCCAUGACAACAGGGAUUCUAGCAGGAUUAUGGGAUGUGCUGAGCUGCACCAAUCAGGAGAAGUAUAUCUGUAAACACCAGGCAGAAGGGGUUAUGCCAACACAGGAACCUGUCACACCAGUCCUUCCCAGCUGCCCUGAAGAAUGGCAUCCUGUGGGGUCUCGAAACUACUGCUUCAAGCUUUUCACAGUGCCUUACGAAGAGAAGAAGACCUGGUUUGAGGCUCGGGAAUACUGCAAGGCAAUUGGAGGAGACCUACUUAGCAUCCACAGCGCAACUGACCUUCAGUCUUUGAAAGAUGUACCAUCUAUACAUUACGAGACUUUCUGGAUCGGCCUGAGUGCCCAGGACCCCAACAUUGGCUACGUCUGGACUGAUGAGUCACCUCUGUCCUUCCAAAACUGGAAUGAUGGUGAACCCAACAACAUGAAUGGGGUGGAGUCCUGUGCUGAGAUGUAUGUCAAUUACUGGCAACCUGGAGGAUCCUGGAAUGAUGCACACUGUGAAAGUUACAACGACUGGUUGUGUGAGAUCCGUAAAGGCGUGACCCCACUACCUCCCCCGAACAACUCUGUUCCUGAGUACAAUGUGACAGAGGAUGGUUGGCUGGAAUAUGGAGGCUCCCAGUAUUACUUCAAUAGUCAUGAGAUGGCCAUGGAGGACGCCAGAGACUUCUGUCGCCAGAGACAUGCGGACCUGGCAGUUAUCAACACACUCACAGAAAAUACAUUCCUGUGGAAAAAGAUAAAUAAAGGGUAUUUCGGAAACCUUUACAUUGGACUAACAGUUGAUCUUGAUCGGACAUUUGGGUGGAUGGACGGGUCCCCGGUAGUGUUCCAGCGAUGGGACAAAAACCAGCCAGAUUUCAAAAACAACGAUGAGAACUGUGUAGCCAUGACCACCUCUAUGGGUUUCUGGCAUGAUUACAACUGUGGUACUGAAAUGCAGUCCAUCUGUAAGAGGAGUGUCUCUCCUCCACCAAACAGCACCGUGGCUCCUACUGUUCCCCCAACUGGAGGUUGUCCCCCAGAUUGGAUCCAGUACCAGUCAAAGUGUUACAAAUUGAUUGGAUACCAGACACCAAGUACCUGGCUGGAGGCCAGAAAGCAGUGUCAAUUAACGGGGGCAAACCUGGCGUCCAUCGCCAGUAGGAGGGAACAAGUGUUUCUGACAACCAACAUGGCUGAUGUUGUUACUGACCUGUGGAUUGGACUGAGCGACUUAAACCGUAACAACUUAGUUUGGACUGAUGGCCAGGCAAUUAAAUACAUGAACUUGGUUCCCCGUAAGAGAGUGGAAUACCAUUACUAUGAUGAGAUGUGGGAACAGAAUUAUUAUCCGUCCAGUCAGUGUGCUGUGAUGUCUAGCUCCCACUCCAUCUUGGGAAAAUGGAAACUCAUAUCCUGCAAUGACACACACGGCUUCAUUUGUCAACGCAAAGUUGACCCUGGCAUCUCAGUCCCAGCCCCAACUGUGUUUCCCAGAAGCUGGAUGAAGGUCGGCAAUGACUCCUACAAGGUCCUGCUACAGAACAUGACAUGGUCGGAGGCCCGGGUCCAGUGUGAGACUGAGCAGGGCCAGCUGGCCAGCACCCUGGAUGAACUGUCAGCAGCCUACCUGGAGCUGCAGGCUCUGAAGCUGGAGACACCAGUGUGGAUUGGACUCAAUAAGGAUGAGACACAAGGCUACUUCAGGUGGAUCGACGGCUGGCACCUGAACAUGGUUCAAUGGGCCAAGAAUGAGCCCAGCAGAGACCGACCCUGUGUCUACCUGGAUGUAGACGGCACCUGGAAGACAUCCCUCUGUAACCACACCUACCCCAGUGUGUGUAAACAGUCAACAGACAUCCCGCCCACCCCCCCACCCCAGUACCCAGGGGAGUGUUACCAGGACGAUGAUGAGACCGGUUGGUUGCCCUUCAGAGGACACUGUUACAGCUUUUUCACUGACAACAUGGAGUGGACGGAUGCCUCCACCAGCUGUUUGAGGAAAGGGGCGACCCUGGUGAGCAUUGAAGACCCUGUAGAAUUUAACUUCAUAAAGAAAAACCUGGAGUUUCUGAAAGACAGCCACCCCUCCUUUUGGAUAGGACUGUACAAAACACACCUCGGUCAGUGGAAGUGGCUGGAUGAAAGCGUGCUGGACUAUACUAACUGGGCUGAAGGAGAACCCCGGAAUUCUUUCAGAAACAUCUAUGGAUAUGGAAGGAUUCUCUCUUCUGAUGGGACCUGGAGCACUGGACUAAUCUGGAGUGACAAACCAUACAUCUGCAAGAGACCCAAAAUUUUACCGGAAACACCACCAACUCAUGGAUCCUUUAAGGAAUUAGGUCAGAAGCGUGUGUAUUAUGGUCUGGCUGUGGUGGUGGUGAUGGCUGCAUUCUGUCUGAUGGGACUCACAGCUGCAUGCCUCUACAAGAACACCGGUCGUCCCCUGCCCUCCUUCAGUAAACCCCUGGUCUUCCACCCAGGAUGGAGAGCCUUCAACAACCCCCUUUACAGUGAGCCGGUCAACAAGGACGACCUGGUCAACACCAACACAGUCGACCGUAGCCAACUGGUUGACCACAUGGAGGAGGAGCCACAGUCUAUGAUUACUCUGUGAUAGGAGGAUGGUGAUGACAUAAGGGAGGAGCCUCAGUCUAUGAUUACUCUGUGAUAGGAGGAUGGUGAUAAGGGAGGAGCCUCAGUCUAUGAUUACUCUGUGAUAGGAGGAUGGUGAUAAGGGAGGAGCCUCAGUCUAUGAUUACUCUGUGAUAGGAGGAUGGUGAUAAGGGAGGACAGUGUGGUUUGACUAACUGUAUCUGAUGGGAUGGACAUUAUAUCUUAUAAACUUCAUUUAUUGUUGUAGAUGUGGAUAUUUCCCUUUUGAUAACUCUGAGUCUAGGAGGGAGUCAAGGGCAGUCAGAUAGGUGAUGUUUGGAGUGGGUUUGGACACGUCCCAUUCAUGUAUUAAUCUAAUCUGUGUAAUCUAUGUAAGCCACCAAUUAAUUUAACUUUCAUGUAUUUUGAUGUGUCCAAAUAUGGGAUUUUAUUACAAGUAAUGUCACGGAAAAUAGUCUGCAUAUAAUAUUGUCCAGAUGCAGUGUUUUCAUGAGAUGAGUUCACAGGAUCAUGUCUUUCCUGUCAAGAGACACAGGCUUGUUCUCAUCACCUGUCAGAUGUUCCACAGUGAUUUACAGAAUGUAGAUUGUUUUGUAAAGACCUUAAAACAACAAGAUGGAAUUUUAUGGAUGUUUUGGAAAUGUUUCUGCAGCAUUUUAGCAAAAAGCUAAUUCAUUUUAAGUUUAAAGGCGGUAUGUUUAUGUUGUUGUUCUUUUUACCCAAAAUGUACCUGCAUUUUCUAUUUAUUAUAAUUAGUCCAGUAUAUUCAACUGAGCUGCAAUGUGUGGUUUAUUUUCAUGGCCGAUAUACCUGUCUGGUGAGUGUUCUGACUGUAAUACCCAGCUCGGCCACUGUGGGCCGCUAAGUGACUACUAAAUUACCCUAUAAACCUCAUGGUCAACUCACGCCCACAUUCCACUCUGAAUUAUUUUUUCCCCUUUAUUCCUCUUUUUCCUUUCUAGAUUCUUUGUUGAGUUUUUUACACACAUUUCUAAUUUUCUGGUUUUGAGGCCUCAAGAAUGUAUAUAAAACAGAACUGGUUAUAUAAAAGCGAUUAAAUAAAUAAAACAAUCAUCCAACAGGAAGUCAGCUAGCUAUUUCCUGUUUUUAGCUUUGGCUGUUUCAGAUAUAAUGAU